AUGUCAGAACCUCAGACACUGUAUGAAGUGCACAUUGUUGGAGUGGGAGCAUCUGGAGAUGGAGAUGUUGGUGUACAGUCCAUUCAUACUCGACCUGAUUCAAGUUUACAAUUUCUGGAACCACCUGGGAAUUUACAAGCAGAACCUACUUCUUCCACUUCAAUUAACUUGACUUGGACUCCUCCUUUCUCUGUGUUGGAUGUAGCAUACUACAACGUCAGUUAUUCCUCUGUUACAUCUCGUCAAGCAAGUGAAAACAUAGUGCUAUAUGUCCAUACAUCCAGUACAGGAGUUGAAAUUGGUGGUCUAAGACCAUUUACCCUAUACGAAUUCAAAGUUUGCACUCAUAGUCAUCAUAACAGACAUGGCCCAUAUAGUCAAAAAUUAGAAUGCCGAACAAUGGAAGAUGUUCCCAGUGUUGUCAGAGAUGUACAAUGUAAACCUUUGAACAGCAGUACUCUGCGAGUCACGUGGAAAGAACCGACACAAGCUAAUGGUAUUAUUAGUGGUUAUACAGUACUAUAUACAGAAGAUGCUGCCUUGCCUAUUGAUAAAUGGAGAGAACACAAAGUUCCUGGGAAUAGAUUUAGUACUGAAGUAAUUGAACUGGAGCCAAAGACUCGAUACUUUCUUUCAUUGCGUGCUGCAACACAAGCUGGUUGGGGUCCUCCAUCAGGUUUGCCGCCAUCAGGCAUUUGUAAUACACCUGGCAUGCCAGAUGAACCCACCGAGGAACUUGCUGGUAAUACCUUACAGACCACACAGCAUUUAGGUUUUGUAGUUGGUUUAACAAUUGCUGUUGGAUUUAUUGUGGUUUGUAUGGCUGCUGUGAUUUGGAGACGUCUGUGUGUUCAAAGAAUGCCUCCAACACAAGCUGAGAGUGGUGUGCAGCAUGUCAAUGGUAAUGGUUAUUAUCGAGACUGGGAGCGGCCACAGGAAGCAGAAUUGCAAGAAUUAGAGCUCCAUCUUGCAACAAUGGCACCUAAUAUUCCACCGGGUAAUCAUAAUUUGUUGGAUACCAAGGUUCAACUGUAUGGACCUCUUCAAUUAGGCAAUUCCAGACCGCAGUUCCAACAGGAUCAUCGACCAUUCCGCCAUUUUGUUACUUUAGAAUAUACGGGUGGGUACCCAAAUGGGCAAGUGAAUGGCUUGAAGCAUUCCUUCUUGAGUAAUGGACGUAUUCCUAAUGGACAUGGGAAUCGCAGCAAAAGCAGUGUACACAUAACUGAGAACCCGCAGGUCCGUCCCUCCUAUAAAUGUAGUGAGUCUCCUGGUCAACUCCUGUCUUCUCAGGAGAGCAAAGUAGAUGAUGAAGAAGAUGAUGACGAUAGAGCUAUGCCUGAUCAAAAAAUUCCUUUAUUAGGAAAUUCUCGUUCUGCUACUGUCAGAGGUGAAGAUCAUACAGAAUUGGAGGAGGAUAAUGACUAUGAUCAUGACAUGACUGAGGACGGACUGGAAACUGCUGAUUCUACUCAGUUGACAGACUUGGAUGUUAGUUUAAAUGGAAAUACCUACACAGGCACAAGCAGUCAUAACAGUAGUGGCAACAGAAAUGGUAAUAGUGGCAGCAUCAGUAGCAUCAGAGACAGAAGCAGCAGCAGUACAGAUUGUGUUGUGCCCAAACCAAGUCAUUUAUCAGUACCACAAUAAGCACUAUGCUUCUCCAUGUCUAACAAACACGUACAUUUCGGAUGGAUGCGGGUAUUUUUGUUUUUUUAGUACGUGCAGUAAUAAGUAUGUUGUGUUAUUAUCAUGUACUAAAAAAAACAACUAUAAUUUUAUUGGAGUCUCACCCACAGUACAUGUAAAUCCAGUUUUAAGCAUAUUUAUAACUGUACAUACUACAUACCAUUUUUCUUUACAUUUUUUGCGUGCGCAAAAGAAGUGAAGUAUAAAGCUGCUACGUAAAAAUAUUAGUGUAAACAGUAAUAAUAAUAUUGAUAAUAAUGAUAACUCUUAUAACUUAGUUCAUGGGAUGGGAAGGUGUACAAGUAUUGUUUCACAUAUUGCACAUAUUUUUAUUUCAAAAACAGAAUUUCCUAUUAGAAAUUCAAUCACUUUCUCUCCUGACUGAGAGGAAACAUACAUGAAAUCUCCUCCCCAUCCCCCACACAGCCUUUUUGGACAGGAUGACAGAUACCACACCACAUGUAAGUUAUCAAUGGGCAUAGGAAUUCACACUUACACACCAAAGGAAAGGUGUGUUGGUUCUCUCAUCCAUGUCCAUUUAUGGUAUAAUUAAAACAAUGCUGGUACCUGAAAAGAAAAUCUAGUUUAAAAAUAGAAGCAACAAAAUAAAAAGUUAAGCACCCUCAUUCUCUCCAUUUCCUUAAAAUAUUGUUCUUUUUUCCUUCUUUUUCUUUUUUCUUUUUUUCUUCUCUUUUCUCUUUUGUCCUACUGUUGCACCUACCCUACAUACAUUUUUCUUUUGGGUUCAUAUCUUGCCAAAUUGUUUUUUCAAUUAAAUUAGCAGUGAAUUUGUGUCUUGAAAAAUAAUUACCUUCAUGGAAAGGAAUUAUUUCUGUAUCCGUUUCUUUCAUGCUUUCUCUCUGCUCUGACUUUAUUAGUUGUGGAGUAAUAACUCACAAAACCUCAUGAAUAAUUCUGUUACUAUUUUGUUUAUUUAUUUAUUGGACUGAAAAUUGUAAUGUAUAGUUCUAGAGCAGAGUAUAAUUUUCGAGGUUAAAAAUUAUUUCACGUUACUCGUGCUAAUUUGUUUUUUGUCUAUGGAUAGUUUUAGAUUCUUUUGUUUCUGUUGCAUUUCAGUAAUUAAGAUACAGGUAUUAAUUGUUAUGAUUGUUGAUAUACAUUUUUUUUAACUUUUACACAUUUAUAAACAAACAUGCAAUUAAGCCAUGCAUACCCAAGAGAUCUAUUAUACCUCAUUUACAUCAACAGUGUACAUUUAUUUUGCAUUUCACGUACGGUAAGGUUCCGGUAACACUUUAUAUUCAUACAGCCAUAGAUAUUUGAUCUUUUUCCCCCUUCUUUUUCCUUUAUUUUACUUUAUUUUAUUUUUUUAAUUUUUUAUAAUCCUUAUUUUAGUCUAUCGAUUUUUAAUACAUACAUAUAUAUAUAUAUUUUGAAAUAUUUUAUGCUGUUGCAAAACACCUCACAUUUUACAACAGACCAUGAAUUGACUACAGUUUUAUAUAUACAUUUAUAUAUACAUAUAUAUACAUAUAUAUUUUUUAUCUGUGAGUCCAUGAGUUUAUAACCUGCCCAUUCCCUGUCAACAAGAAGCGAAAGCAGAAUACCCAUUAUGUGAAAUGAAAUCUGUUUAUCAUCGCUUCCACAACCUCCCUGCCCUUCUUAUUAACUUAUUUAUUGUAAUUAUUAUUAUUGUAUACCUUCCCACUAGCAUUGUAAAUGCAACAGGAUUUUAAUUAUUUACUUGUUUACAUUGUUCCUCAUGUCCGAAUACAAGAAAAAUUGGUUUGUAUCGAUUAUUAGAAUGACUUCUGCAGAUAAUUUUCUUGCAAAUAUGAGUGAGUUGUUAAUUACAUAGAUAAGUUAUAAUGACCAUACUCUUUGCAGGCUAUUAAGAGCAAGGGAUGUAUGUUAACUUUAUUUUUUAUUUAUUUAUUUUCUCUCAAUGCUGUCACUUUGACUGAAAGGUUAUUUCAUAAUAUAACAAGUAUUGUGAGAUGUAACAAAAUCGAAGGUGUUGCUGAACAUUCAUAUUUAUUGCCUUUGCUUUGUUGUUUGCAGUAUAUAUGUAAUCUUCUUGAAUCAAAUAUUUUUUAUCCCAAUUCAUUGGUCUUCAAGGUUUGCAAAAAUUAGCAUAAAAUGCUGGGCACUUGUUGAAUCUUCUUUUUACAUUCUUUACUGAUCAAUAGAUACAGUAGAUUCUAGUUAAUUGAACCUCAUUAAGUUUCUUUAAAUUAAUAGACUAAAGUAAAAUGUGAGGCCUUAUUAUACUAAUGGCAUAUAUUAAUAUUGAAUGCAGACAUGUUAUUUUAGAUGAUGAGGCACUGGACUGGAUGUUAGGCAGACUGGGAUUGGAGUCCUCUCCAGGGGUGCCCAGAGAAAACCAUGGCCCUGGGGCAGUUGAUACAAGGAGACCUCUUCUUUGAGACAAAAAAAUCCCUCCUCCCCCAAUUCAUAAAUGGAAUUCCAUAUAACAUAUAGCACUAAAUUUGGGUGAGACAUUAAUACAUUUUUCAUUUCUUUUGAAUUAAAAAAAAUUGGAGCCCCAAUUAAGUCAGUGCCUGGGACAGGUUGCCUCUGCUUCCUCCUCCUCUUCCUCCCCCCCACCCUUUAGACACCUAUUGCCCAACCAUCUUCACAGGUCCAGGAAUUCCUCAGAACAGCACUCUUCGUUUGCUUAAAGUGCUAUUCAAUGAGUACUGAAUAUUUGGAGGUUUAAAAGAGGCUGGAAUGUCAUAUUGAGAACAUUACUUGUUUUUUGGAGUCAGGCGUCAUAUUUGUUUUUUGUUGUUCUUGCUGCAAAAAACCCAUAGGUAUGCUUUAAAGCUUGAUUGAGGACAAUUCAUUUGUUUUCAUUAGUGUAGUAUAAUGAUGGGAUUGAGCAUAGUGAAAAAAUAUAUUAAAUUACAAAAUUGAAGACUCAUAACAAUUAACACAUUAGGACUAUAACAUCACAAUACAACUAAAAAGAACAUUGAUUUCCUAAGAGUGUGGUAUAGUUGAAUACCUUGUUUUAAGUACUAUUAAAGGUGAGAAAUAAUAGAUUACAACUUACCUCAGAACCUAUUUUCUAAAGACAAGGGAAAACUUGCACAAGAUACCGCUACAAUUUGGAGGAGAGGCUGUUUUUUAUUCUGACUGGCCCUAACUAUAGCAUGGCAUAAUGAUCCAAUCCAAGUGAACAUAAGAUUAAUUUAAAUUCGUGUCUGUUCUUUCAAAUUUGGCUCAAAUGAAUGACAUCCUAUUACCUAUUGCCCCCCAUUUACUAGAAUCUACUGUAGUUGUCAUAAAAGAUCUGCAUGUUAAUAAUCGUGAAAAGUUUAUUAAAAAAGAAGUGUGCAUAACACUUAUUAUAUUUUGUAUAAAUGCAUGUAUAAUUGUAGAAAAAUCAUAUUUUGUAAAAAAUUGUUAUUUUCCAUUAGAGUUACCAGAAACAAUAUUUUAUUACCUUGACCUACAUUAAUGAGUUUUGUGGAUGAACUAUAUUUGAGGUAUUGAUAUUUGGUUACUCAUGCUAGAAAUUGUUCAUAAUUCUGUCCUAGCACCAGAACUCGCUCUCUCUUUCUUUUUUUCUGUUUUCUUUCUUUCUAAAUUUGCUUAAUUGGAUGAGGUAUGUAUGUACUUUAUGAGAUGGUACUAUUAAGUUUUUUAUGUAUUCUAUCAUCAAAGCUCAAAUGUACUUUCUGAAUUUGAAAACUACAUUGCUUCAGCAUGUUUUAAUUGUAACUUUAGAUUUUCCUAAGCCUACAAUUUUAUAAAUCUCAAAGAUUUUACUAAGCAGACUUCAAUUGUGUCUUUGCUGACAACAUUAUUUCCUAACAAAUAUCUUUAAUGUGUGAGGGCAGUGUUCCCAAGGUCUUGCUCAAUUACUGUCUCAUUUAAAUUGUACAUUCUACGAAGCUAUUUAUAGGUUGAUGUAUCACAAGUAGAUAAAACUAAAUUUCUGCAUGUGGAACUAUUGUAAAAGCCUAAAAAGUGCCUCAUCACAUUUCUACAAUGAUCAUUCUGUUAGUAUGUGCCAUUGAAAUGCUUCUCUGUUGGGUAAGACCGUGAAAAUGAUCUCUUCUCUCUUGAAACAUGUUGGUUGAUGUAUCCAUUAAUAAUGUAAAAUAUUAGUUACAGAUGUUUUGGGUGUAUCAAAACAUGGUAUGAAAGAAUAUUGCGGCUUUUUUUAGAAUAUAGUUGCACUGUUGAUUAUAAAGACUAUACCAGUGUGAGUUGAGCUUCUCAGGUUUAAGGUUUACUGAUUUUUCAGGCAGUACUGAUCUCACAUAAUAUGAUUUGUAAUUAUGCUUAGUUUCUCUUAUUUUACUUUAUAUUUUGAAUGUAAUCAACUUUGGUUACAGCAUUCAGCAAAGCAUAUUUCUGCCUCUCCACGCCUGCUGAAAUGCAUGCAGAGUUUCAUAUUACACAACUUAUGAAUAUCAGUAUUUACAGCAAUUUCGAUAUCACAUGUAAAUUCCAUGCAUGUAACAAAUCCUCAGUUUAUUUAUUCAAUAGUAUUAUUUAUUUUUUACUUCUUUAUUAAUUCUCUUUUUAGUGAGUGCACAUAAGAAAUACACUCAACCAUGUUUUAUGUGCAUUUAUGUUCUGUUAUCACAUGUCUCAUUCCACUCUAUAAAUAAGUUUCUCCAUUACUUGUUUGAAUGUUGUCAAGUAUUCUCAGGUUUAAACUACAGCAACAUAUGUGCCAACCUUGGCAACCUUUUUACAACAAUGUGCAGGGACAUUCAGUACUCAGGCAGAUAAACUCAGGAAAAUAUGACACAGUGCUUUACUAGCAUGUCAUUAUUCUAGUGGUUGUAGAUAUUUCAGCAACAGUGAAGAAAUAUACAGUAGAUUUUACUGCAGUACUAUCCACUGAAGUGAAUUUGCAUUUUAGCACGUGUAAAGAUGAGAUAUUUCAUGACAAUUAUGUCUAUAGUAACUAUAGGUUUUUCCAAUUGUGCUGCAGUUCGUAAUAAGUGUAGUGGUGAUGGCCCUAGUUGUUAAAACUAAUUGUAGGUGUAGUUUAAGAAUCUCAACAGCAAUAGACCAAGGAAAGAGGAAUCAAAUUUUUAGUAAUUCUACCAGUAUUACUGGUACUAGUACUAUAAUGCCUUGUACUUGUAGUAAUGCUAGAAUUGCUCUCUAGUAAUACUAUUAGUCAGCGAAAUAUAUUUAUUACUGUGUGUACCCAAGUAAUACUGGUCUUAAUACUAACUAGUUUGUUGUGGUUUCAAGUGAGUCAUGGUAAUUGUAAAGGUAGUAGUGUUACUACUCAUGUUAGAUAUCAUAGUACUCUUAAGAAUAAAAGCAUGAGCUGUUUUUUCUUUCUUCAUAAUUUUUAGAAACAGUGCCUGUACUAAUAAUAGUACUGGUGUAAUAGGUGUUAGAGAAACGUAUUAAUGUGUUGUAAUAAUGAUACCAUUGAUUAAGAAUUAUUAGUAAUGCAGUUUAUAGGUACAGUUGUGUAAAGAAUGUAGUAUUGGUAAUACUAUUGUAAAUAGGGUUGCUAAUACUUGUGAUACUAGUUAUAGAGGUCUCUAGUACUUGUAAACACAGAACUUUUUGUUUAUUACAUGGAGAUGUCGUGAAUGCAGAAGGGCAGCUAGAAAAAGCUACUAGAGUAGAAUACUGUAAAUUACAAACUUGUAACAAAAUACUGGUGAAAUUGUAUUAUUAAUGAUAGGUUUGCAUAAAAAUAUUUCUCAAAUACAAUUAACUUAUAGAUUAGUAAGAUAACAAUUAAGAUAAGUUGUUGUAACAUCAAGCUCAAAUGGAGAGGCAGAAAAUAAUUUUCAUUCAACUUGUACAAUACAAUAGAAAGUUUUUUAUGGGUGGUGAAAGUUCAGGAUGUUCUAAUUCAUUGCAAGAGAAUCACUUGCUUUUCCUGCCUUGAAGAAGAGGUUGUGUUUAUUGAUGAAUACAUUUAUGAGAACAUUGCAUUAAUGUCUGUAUGCAUGGCCUAGUUACGUAUAAAAUGCAUAUUUCUCACAAACUUGCAAAGGCUAUACUUUUAAAUUACUUUUUUUGUAAGAGAAUUUUUACAUUUUAAAAAUGCACAUUAAUUCAAGUUCCAUAAUACAAUAUACAUGAUUCUUUAAGCACUCCUUUUUAUCUGAUAUAUUAGUACAAACAUUCAUAACUAAGUCAUUUAACAUGGAAAUUAAAGGUGCAUAAGAUAAAUUUGUUCUUGAGUGCUAGAGCAGAAUUAGUUUGUAGAUUUCUGUGAAACAUAUGUGAUGCAACACUUACAGUUUGUUAUACAUUCCUUUUCUCAUUAUCAUUAUUGUGAACUAUAAAUUACAUGUCUUAAAGUAUAUUCAUGUUCAAUGUAAUAUAAGGCCUAUUUUGUGACAGUUGUGACAAAUCCAUAUGAUCAUCUCACAAUACUUGUGUUUCAGAGCAUAUGAGAUGUGUGAGGACAUCAAUAGUGCCCUGUAUAUACUAAUAUCAUUUGAUACCCUACUUGAUUUUUGACACUCAAUGUUUUAUUUGUAACUAAAAUAACAUAUGAAUAUGUGCCAUCUUAUCAAGACUGUUAUUAAUACUCGUUUCUUUUGGGAUCUCUCAUCUUCAUGAGGAAAAUGCACAAGUCUCCAUUCACGUAUUGUACAGGCAAAUGGGCGCUAAGGAUUUCUUCAGACAUUCUCAGCCUUCUGCCAGCACCAAUGAAUAUAUUCUGUUUGUAUUAUUGCGAGUAUGUAUGUGUGUGCAUGGUAUGUGUAUGUGUGUAAAGGGGUGCACGCUAGUAUGAUUAAAGCAGGGAGACCUCCUCUUCUAUAUCAUUUGUGUUGGCAAAAUUUCUGGUUCUUCUGUUGUUGUUAUCUUUGUUUAUGAUAUAUAUUUUUAAAUAUAAAGAUGGACAUCUACCUCACCAAUAGCUAUUUUCGAGUCCCUUUAAUGGGGACAUCUCAGGGAGUUCUUGACAUGAUUGUAAAAUAACAAAACAACAUGUUUGAUUUUUAAGUAGUGUCAAAUUCAGAGAAGUGGAAGUAAUAUAGACUUUUUACAUUAUGUACAGUUGAUUCAUUUUUUAAAUAAUGAAAUAAAAGUAAUAUGUAUCCUCAAAUUUGCUUGGCAAUUGUGUACCAAUAUUAUCAUUAUAAUUGUAUUGUUAAUGUUAUUAAUAAUAUUAAUAAUGAAGUACUGGUGUUGUACUAGAAUAGUUUUUAAACAAAGUAUUAAAAGCAACUGGAGUAGUUGUGUAUCUUAUGUACUUUGUGGUAACAAUGCUGUUGGUACAAGUAUUUUUUGAAGCUGACGAAGGCAAGUGUUAUAUAAUAUAAUAUAAAAUUCUUUCUUCCCUCUGUCUUACUCCUUUUGGUGUCAGAAAUGAGACAAGGAACUCAGCCCACAAGAUUAUUGAAUCUUCGAUGUAGAAUAGGAGUAAAGACUGAAAAUUCAGUCAAUCCUGAGUUUAUAAAUCUUUCGCUGAUAAAUGAAUGCAAUUUAAUUCCUAAUUUAUCAAUAUUUUUUCAACCUUCUGGCAGGUUUGUAGCAGCACUCUGUUUCGCAUAGUUACUUUUCUUAUAAUUCCGAGGUUUGCAUUGCAUUUGGGGUGCAUCAAUUUGAGGUAAUCACAGUGAGCAGUAAUGUCUAGCAGAUUGCAUCUUAUCAGUAAUCAUUUGUUAAAAUGUAGUUUUAUUGUUUCCUUUGAACUUUCUUUCACAUAACCUAUUACUUUAGAGACACAUGUGUUCUCGGUGAAAGAUUGCUCUACCACAAAUACUUCUUUCAUUUUAGUACAUUUAAUUUCAGAUUGUUUUUGAUUUAUCACUGAUUCCAUAGUCUUACAAGACAAGAUGGAAUUGCAAUUAGAAAACUGAGUUCUAAUGAUGACCUCCUAAAGUACAAUUGUUAAUUCUAUAAAUCAAGUUUGCAAUAGAUGAGACCUAGUUUCAGAUCACUAUCAUUUUACUGUAUUGAUCAUGUUAUGUAUUCAAUAUUGUUUUCAUUCUGAAAACAUAUUGUAGUUUUGCAAUAGAUAUAUGAUCUGAUUAUUUCAAAUUAAAGGAAAAAUACACUUGGUUAAAUGUCUUAGGUUUUUAUCUCUUUCAUACAAAUGCACAUCUUUUUAACCAUAAAAUUAUAUAUUUCAAGGUGCAGCACUGAGUGUUGCAUGUGCAUGUUUUUACAAGUGACAAUGGCAUACCUGCCGGUGGGUUAGUCUUUCUUUUACUCUCACUCUUUGUGCCCUCUACCUCAUUAUAAUUCACUUCAAUUAUACUAUUUUUCCUGCUGUAUUAUAUAUAAACACACACAUAAGCAUUUUUGCAGAUUAAUUUAAAACAAAUUUGAAUUUCUUUAUUCCAUUUUUGAAAUACUGUUAAUAAAUCUAUUAUUUUCUGCUUCUGAGCAAGAAGAAUGUAUUACAUUUACAUUCAUGUUUCCUUUAAUCUCAAAUUUAUUUCUAUUUAAAGCCAGUGAUAGUUUCCUUUCUACACUAUUUUUCUUCUGUUAGAGAAUGUGCUAUUAGCAGCAGCAAUUUCAACUACACCAUCGGCUGCAGUUUCAUGUGUAUACUUUUUCUACUACAUUAAUGGAGAAACAUUAAUUUUUAAUAUGCUUUUCAGUACGCUGUGCUAAUUAUAAUUCACUGUAAUUGAACAUUUUACAUUUCUUAGUUGAAUUAUGUUGAAAUUAUUAUGUAAAUGAAGAUAUGAACAGAUAUACCUGUGGAUAUGAAUUUGCUAAGCUACAGUAUAACUUUGUACAGAAUGUUUUGUGGUUCCACACAUUUAGUGAAACUGUACUAGCUCUUCACAUUAGUUUUUCAAAACCAUCAUGCCAUGUGAAUGAAUUCAGAAAAUAUCAAAUUGUGAGUGUUCUUUUCAAAUUUUACAUUCUUGAAACUGAUCACUGUCAAAACUAGAAUUGUGUUUUAUUGACAUUGAUUGCAUGUACAUUACUUCUGAAUUAAUACUUUCAUUUGGAAAAGGUUUCUCAUGUAUUCAAUUUUCCAAGUCUGGAAGAAGUACUUACAAAAAAAAAGGUACUCAAGGGUACAAGAUGCCUGGUCCGAAAUAAUUUUUCAAAAGCAUAAAUUGUGUGUGCAGGGCAUACAAUGAUGUACAUACUCAUAUAUCGGUAUAUUGUUUUGGGUUUCAAAUACUGAACUUGUGAAAGAGCAUUGAAAUAAAUUUUAGCAAAUUUUGUCCU